AUGCAAUGUGGGGACGCCCCAUGGGGACACGCUGUGAGGACAUGCGGGGAAACCCCGUGGGCACGACGCAUAGUGGCACCCCCUGGGAGCACCCGUGGCUUUGGGUGGGGGGAUCCUAGCCACAGGGAACCCCACCAUGGACCCCCACCUUAGGGACCCCCAUGAGAGACCUUCCACUGUCACCUCGAUGUGGGGAACCCCAUCACAGGGACCCCCGCCCUGCCUGCCCGUCCCGUUGUUUGUGGGACAUCCCCAUGGGUGAGCCAUGCUGUCGGGAGCCAUUCCCCCCACCCGUGGUCCCAAAAAGCCCCCAGCUUCGUACUGCCCCCCCCCCAGGAACAGCAAACCCCGGAACCGGCCGUCCUUCCGGCAGAUCCUGCUGCACCUCGACAUCGCCUCUGCCGACGUCCUCUCCACCCCACAGGAGACCUACUUCAAAUCCCAGGCGGAGUGGCGUGAGGAGGUGAAGCUGCACUUUGAGAAGAUCAAAUCGGAGGGGACGUGUCUGCACCGCCUGGAGGAGGAGCUCAUCAACCGGCGGCGAGAGGAGCUGCGGUGCGGGGCUGGAGGGAUGU